GAUGCUCCUCGAACGUUUACGUGAAUACGAAGGACAAGAGAAGGCCCUUGAUGUUCGCUGUCAAGAGCUGGAAGACGAGCUGUACUCUCGUAAGAGAGGGUUUACGGAAGUGGAUUCAAUGCAGAGUGGGGUAGCGGAGGAAUACAGGACCCAUAUACACGAUAGUGACGAGGGUAAAGAGAAUGUGUGGCCGCGUGUUCAAGAUGGGGGAAAAGGGAUUGGGACGCCAUUGAUAAAGCCGAGGAUCAAGGCAAAAAUAAGGGAUCGGGUUGCAAUGGGGCCGUCAUCGACCAAAGCCGUUUCUUUGGUCGG